AUGAAGUGGCUUGGACUCCUUGGGCUGGUGUCCCUCUCAGAGUGCAUAGUCAUUAUACCUCUAAGGAAAGUGAAGACAAUGCAAGAAAUACUCAGUGAAAAAAACUUGCUGAACAAUUUUCUGGAGGAACAUGCUUACAGACUGUCUCAGAUUUCUACUCGUAAUUCAAAUAUAACACCUGUACCCAUGAGGAACUUCCUUGAUUUGUCCUAUGUGGGUAACAUCAUCAUUGGAACACCCCCUCAGGAGUUUUGGGUCAUCUUUGAAACAGGUUUAUCGGACUUGUGUGUGCCCUCUAUCUCUUGCAGCAGUCCAUCCCAUUAUGAGCACAAUGCCUUCAAAUAUUAUGAGUCUUCCACCUCUCGGGAUAUGAACACGCCCCUCAGCAUCAUCUAUGGAACUGGGAUAAUGAAGGGAUUUCUCGCUUAUGACAGUAUUCAGACUGGGGACCUUGUUAGCACUGACCAGCCAUUUGGCCUAAGCUUGGAGUUAAACAAGUUUGAUAAUACACCUUUUGAUGGCCUCCUGGGCUUGAACUACCCCCGCAUGUCCGCCAUAGGAGCCAUCCCCAUCUUUGACAACCUGAAGAAACAAGGUGCCAUUUCUGAGCCUGUCUUUGCCUUCUACUUGAGCAAAUGCAGGGUAAAUGGCUGUGUGGUGAUGUUUGGUGGUGUGGACAAAGACUACUACCAGGGAGGACUCAACUGGGUACCACUGGACAAAAUUGCUCACCGGCGUAUAAACAUGGACCACGUCUCCAUGAAAAGAAAGGUUAUUGCUUGUUCUGGAGGAUGUCAUGUCAUCGUGGACACUGGGACAUCAGUGAUCCUUGGCCCAACAAGACUGGUAAACAACAUCCAGAAGCUAAUCACACCAGGCCACAGGGUUCUGAAGUUAGGGGUCAUACCACAGGGUCACUCCCACACUGUUUCAUGUUUUGUCAUCAAUACCCUGCCCUCAAUUCUCUUCACCAUCAAUGGCAUCAACUACCCAAUGGCAGCUCGAGCCUACAUCCUCAAGGAUUCUCGAGGCCACUGCUUUGGCACCUUUAAAGAGAACAGAGUGAGUACAUCUACAGAGACCUGGAUCCUGGGUGACAUCUUCCUGAGGCUGUAUUUCUCUGUUUAUGAUCGAAGAAAUGACAGGAUUGGCCUGGCUCCAGCAGUAUGA